GAAAAAAAAGAAAUAUUUAUUCAUAUCAGUGACCACUCUCUUUCCGUCUCCGGCGCCGGUGCUCUGCUCCGAUCACGUCCGCCUCAUUCAUUUCCGAUUCGUGUCUUGAGAGUUAAGUAGCGGAAAGAGAGUGAGUGUCUCUGCAGAAUGGGAAAUUGACGAAGAAAGUAGAGAUUUAGAGGAAGAGAGAAACAAUGGCUCCUGUGAGUAAAGCCGAGAAGAAAACAGCAGCAGAUGCUGCUGCCUGGAUGUUCAAUGUUGUCACUUCUGUUGGUAUCAUUAUUGUCAAUAAAGCCUUAAUGGCCACUUAUGGUUAUAGCUUUGCUACAACCUUAACCGGUUUACAUUUCGCUUUCACUACUCUGAUGACGAUUGUUCUAAGAUGCCUUGGUUACAUUCAGCCUUCCCAUCUUCCUUUUACCGAGCUUCUCAGGUUUAUUUUCUUUGCAAACUUCUCCAUUGUUGGAAUGAACGUCAGUCUUAUGUGGAACUCUGUCGGCUUUUAUCAGAUUGCAAAGCUCAGCAUGAUUCCUGUAUCCUGCUUGUUGGAAAUGGUGUUAGAUAAGAUCCGUUACUCCAGAGACACCAAGCUUAGCAUAGGACUCGUUCUUGUUGGUGUUGGUGUUUGCACUGUCACUGAUGUUAGUGUGAAUAGCAAAGGCUUUCUUGCCGCUUUUGUUGCCGUCUGGACUACUUCUCUGCAACAAUACUAUGUACAUUACCUUCAGCGCAACUACUCGCUUAGCUCAUUCAACCUAUUGGGACAUACCGCACCAGCCCAAGCCGCAACACUGCUGGUUCUUGGUCCAUUUCUUGAUUAUUGGCUCACAGAAAAAAGAGUUGACAUGUUCGACUACAACUUGGUCUCCGUGCUGUUUAUAACCCUCUCGUGCACAAUAGCUAUCGGCACCAACCUAAGCCAGUUCAUCUGCAUCGGUAGAUUCACAGCCGUAUCGUUUCAAGUCCUUGGACACAUGAAGACAAUCCUGGUGCUGGUAAUGGGAUUCUUCUUCUUUGGUAGAGAAGGUCUAAACUUGCACGUGGUUAUUGGAAUGGUCAUUGCAGUACUUGGUAUGAUCUGGUACGGUAACGCCUCUUCCAAGCCAGGAGGCAAAGAGAGACGAAGCUAUUCACUUCCUACGACUCGUCAACAGAAACUUGGAGCUGCUUCUGAUUCUGAUGACAAUGAAGACAAAGCCUAGUAGUAGUUAGAAUAUGAUCAGGAACAUCACAUAUCUACUACAUCUCUGUUUGGAGUUGUCUGUUUUUGAUUUAUGGUUUUAGCUUAAUUUAUUUAUGAUCCUCGUAGACGAUUGAGAUUGACGAUUGAGAUUGUUUUGUAAUGUUUUAGAAGAAUCAUUCUUUUACAGUUGUAACAACGGAUAGUUAAUAAUAAUAUAUGAAAUCUAUACUA